AGACGUUUGGGCUCGGGGUCAAGCGGCCUCGGGUGGGGUGUGGGGGCGGGACCAGCGCAUGGCUCCGUUGGGCGAGUGCCCGCCAGGUGGCUGCUGGCCAGACUUCGAUCCCAGAUGGAGACCGCCAGUGGCCACGGGCCCGUCGGUGUCAUGUCAAUGCAGGUCGCCAUGGAUGCAGGGAGCCAAUCCCCAAUGAGCUGUCAGUACCAGGGACGCUGGCGCUCUCGUCAGCAGGCGCACGAGCAUGCCCGCCGCGUGGUCGCAGCAUCGCGAAUAGUGAUGACGGCGCGGCCACUCCCAGGGAGCAAGAAGCUUUCUGCGCGGGUACCGUACAGUUGCACGCUAAAGCCGCAGAUGGGCACCGACGCGUGCAGUACCCAGGCUGCGCUCACCCCCCGCUCGGCGCUGGGCCACCUCCUGCGCCACCGCGCUUCGCGAGAGGAGGCCCACGACGACCUCUGCGCCUCCCCGCUCUGCGUGCGGAUCGUGCCGCGGCCCUCGGAGAGCGCUGCGCUCAGCCCCAGCUCGGCGGAGUGUGCGCCGCCCUCGGCCGAGCCGGGCACGCCGCCGCGGCUGCCGCGGGCGGCAGCGCCGCCGCCGCAGUGGCGGAGGCUGCUCCCCGAGGGUGCACCCAGGCCGGCGGCCGAGGCCGAGUGCGGCGGCCCGGCGGGCGUGCUGCCGCGCGCCCCGAGCGCCCCGCGCGGCCGCGGCGCCGCCCCGGCGAGGAGGUCCACCAUCGAGCAGGAGCAGCCCGCGGGCGUGGAGUCCAUCUGCCUCGAGGGCUCGAGGGCGACCUGCACCCUGCUGCCCCGGGCCGGCAGCGACGGCGCGGGCGAGAGGCAGAGGUCGCCGCCCCAGACGACGCCUCCCGGGCCCAGGAGGAGCUCGCGCGGAGCAGCCGCGCCGGCCUCCGCGCGGCCUCCGCCGGCGGCACUGGCCAAGGUCGAGAAGCCCUCCGCCAGGGCGCUGCCGCACACAGACAAGAUGGUGAGGGCUGGUAGGUUCAGGAGCAGCGCGAGGGCAACCAAAGAGGAGGACAGGCGCUUAGUGCUCCCGUUCUCUUACUGUGACGAGGAUCCCAGAGUCGCGCACUUGGAGGCCAUCGCAGGGCUUGAGCUCCCGCAGUUCCGGGCCUCAAGUGCAGCGUGAUUGCGAGGUUCCCAGGGCCUAGGAUAUGUCGGAGAGGAG